UAAUUUUGUCUAAAAGUGUUUAGUAGUAAAACUUUGACAAACAAAUAGUGAGCUAUGUCUAAAUUGGUGAUAAUCGCGGUAAUUGUGGUGAUAUGUGGUGUGGUUUGGGCCGACUUUGAGCCCGAGAACCGGCCAAAUAUGAGACGCUUGGCUCCCGUCAUAUGCGGGUCCAAAGUGUCCGACAGUCAGAAGAAGAUUAUCGAGAAUUGUGCUAAACUUUUGCCCUCAAGUGUGCGAAAUGGAUAUAAAUCGUGUGUUAAAGACGUGUUAAAAGUGUCUAAAAUGACAAAACCGGGCCUUUGUUACCGAAUUCAGCCAGGUGGCGAAAAGGCACAGGCGGCCGCUAAGAAACUACCGCCGGGUACUGAUAUCGCAGCCAUGAGAAAGCAGAUUGGUGAUGAAUACGAGGCCUGCAUGCUCAAACUUUUGUAA